AUGCAAGCACACGCCAUGAACCAGCACCCAGCCACCCUCUUGGCGCUCCUCUUCGUCUCGUUUCUCCUCCUCCGCCUCCUCCUCCGCCUAAGCCUCGCCGCUUUCUACGACACCGCGCUCACCCUCCACCUCCUCGUGCGCCUGCGCAUCCGCCCCGUCACCGUCCGCCUGCCUGGCCCGGACGGCACCACAAUGCGUGUUUGGUGCCCCGCUUCCCCCUCCUCCAAGCCGCCGCUGCUUCUCCUCCACGGCUUCGGCGGAGAUGCCAAGUGGACGUGGGUGGGAAACUUCGCCGCUCUCUCCCGCAGCUUCCACGUCUACGCGCCCGACCUCGUCUUCUUCGGCUCCAGCUCCCGCUCAGCCUCGCCGCUCCGGUCCGUGGCCUUCCAGGCCCGCUGCUCCGCCGACGCCAUGCGCAUCCUUGGCGUGCCGCACUACCACAUCGCCGGGAUCAGCUACGGCGGCUUCGUGGCGUACCGGAUGGCCGCCGUGGAGGCCAGGGAGUGCGUAGGCAGGUUAGUCAUCAUGACCAGCGCCGUCGCAGCCUCGGCCCAGGAGAUAACCGCCCUGGCGGCGCGGGAAGAGAUUGCCGUCGAGGACGCGCUGAUGCCGGAAACUGCCGCCGGCCUGCGCCGCCUCUUAUGCCGCAUCAUGCACAGCCCGCCCAGGCUGCCGGACUUCCUGCUCCUAGACCUCAUACAGAUGUUCGCGGACCAGAGGAAGGAGAGGUCGGAGCUGCUACGAGAACUGCUGGAGAAGGGAGUUGGCAUUGACUUGCUCCGGGCUCUCAAUCAGAAAACGCUACUUAUCUGGGGAGACAAGGACCAGGUGUUCCCCGUCGAUCUUGGCUACAGACUGCAGAGACACCUGGGAGAUGACUGCAGGCUAGAGAUCAUCAAGGACGCAGGGCACGCGUUGCAGAUUGAGGAAGCUGGAAAGGUUAACAAAUUUAUCAGGUCCUUCCUUAUCGAUGGGCCGGAAUUCGGUAUAGACCGGAAGUUAGGAUGAAAAUUUAAUCUUUUGGUGGGACUACAUGUAAUGUCAACUUCCAAGUUCUACUAUGAUCGGAAUGACCGGUCAGUCAGAUAAAAAGAAACUAGAUCUGUAUGAACAUCUCUCAAGGACCUGCAAAACUCUCUAAUGCUAAUGAUCAAACGUUGCUUCA